CUCUUUCUGACUAUUGAACGCCGCACGAUGGAUUGAGUACCUAUCAUGAGACACAGAGCUGCUUAGCUCUAUCAACUGCCGGAUCCAAGGUCCACUAACUCUUACAAGUGUAUUGUUUACCGAGUAACACUUCCAGGGCAUGACUCGCGUGUACGUAGUUCUCCCUUACACCGCUGUCACCCUCAACGCCUUGACCGCUUUCACUCACAUUGUGAAGCUCUGUGUGGUCGGAACUUUUUCCCAUGCCUGUUGCGUUGUUACGUGCAUAAGAGAAGUAUAUGUGAUGGCUAGGUGUAUAGCAAACAUGGGACCCCCUGGCAGAGGAUGCAGAUGCAGUUUGGAAUUCGAUGCUGGCAUCUGUGCCUUUGACGGCUGCAUAUGUACUACAAGUUCUCCUGCACAUAGCGAGCACGCAUUGCAUGAGGUUGGGUUUUUCGCUAACAGCACGCAAGGAAAGACAAUGAAGGGGUUUCACCGACAACUCAGCUCCUGUCUCUCUCUCUUUCUCUCACCGCUUCAAAUGAAGUAUUCACUCAUGGCGACAGUGGAAUUGAUGGGAGGUCUUGCUAUAAUGGUUCGUUUCGUUCGAACAUGACGAAAUCCGCUUCAUCCCUACUCCCAAGUGAGAUCACACUGCUUUUUUGACAUCUCGUGUAUGCCCCUAGUUGGUCAAACAGGCA